UUAUAUCUGCUGUGUGGUUCAUGCUGAAGACAUCAGGAUUACAUUUACGAGUGUGGCUCUGCCUCCUGAUGGUUCCUCUCCAUCAACAGAGCAAAUGGUGAUGAGCCUGCGGGUGUCAGAGCUGCAGGUGCUGCUGGGCUAUGCCGGGCGCAACAAGCACGGACGCAAGCAUGAGCUGUUGACGAAGGCGCUUCACCUGCUGAAGGCCGGCUGCAGCCCCGCGGUGCACAUGAAGAUCAAAGAGCUCUACCGACGACGCUUCCCCGCCAAAAUGAUAUCCCACACAGAGCUGGCCAUGCCCGGACCGCACCACCCGGCAUCGGCCGGGGUGGUCGGAGGAGGCGGAGCCGCACUGCCCGCUGGUCUGACACAGCUGGCGUACGAGGGACACGCCGGUCAUGGUGGAGCUCCAUCGCCUGCCGCCUUACUGCCCCUGUCACUGCUCGGGCCAGGGAAACACGAGCUCACUGGGCUGACGCAUCACCUGUCCAACUCGGCCACGCUUCACCCGGUCCACCCAGAUGUCAAACUGCAGAGGCUGCCCUUCUACGACAUGCUGGACGAGCUCAUCAAGCCCACCAGUCUAGGUGAGGGCACAUCAUCAGACAACAGCCAGAGAUUUCAGGAGACAUGUUUCGCCUUUGCAUUAACGCCACAGCAAGUCCAGCAGAUCAGCAGCUCAAUGGACAUCUCGGGGAACAAAUGUGACUUCUCGGUUCAAGUCCAGCUGCGGUUUUGCCUGUCAGAGACAAGCUGUCCUCAGGAAGAUCAUUUUCCUCCCAAUCUGUGCGUGAAAGUCAACGGGAAGCCAUGUAACCUGCCGGGUUAUCUUCCUCCAACCAAAAACGGCGUUGAGCCCAAGCGGCCCAGCCGGCCCAUCAACAUUACCUCACUGGUCAGAUUGUCCACCACAGUUCCUAAUACUAUUGUGGUGUCGUGGACCGCUGAGAUUGGAAGGAGUUACUCCAUGGCAGUGUACUUGGUGAAGCAGCAGUCCUCCACAGUGCUGUUACAGAGACUACGAGCUAAAGGAAUCAGAAACCCAGACCACUCCAGAGCUCUCAUCAAAGAGAAACUAACCGCAGACCCAGACAGUGAAAUAGCCACGACCAGCCUUCGGGUGUCACUGCUCUGCCCGCUGGGGAAGAUGCGGCUGAUGAUCCCAUGCCGAGCACUGACAUGCUCCCACCUGCAGUGCUUUGACGCCACACUCUACAUCCAGAUGAAUGAGAAGAAACCCACCUGGGUGUGUCCUGUGUGUGACAAAAAGGCCCCCUAUGAGCAUCUCAUCAUCGACGGGCUUUUCGUGGAGAUCCUGAACAGCUGCAUGGACUGUGACGAGAUCCAGUUUAAGGAGGAUGGCAGCUGGGCCCCCAUGAGGUCUAAGAAGGAAGUUCAGGAGGUCUCCUCUGCCUCCUACAAUAACGGGCUGGAUGGUUCGUGUCGGACGUCUGCGAGCUCAGAUCAGCGGAGAUCCUCAUCGUCCAGCCACAGCAACAGCGACAGCAGCAACAGCAAAAAGGUGGAGGUUAUCGACUUGACGCUCGACAGCUCGUCAGAAGAUGAAGGACAGGAUUCACCCCCUCCGCCGCCACAGCCUCCACUCCCUCCUCCACCCAAAAGAGCGUGCCCCUCUUUGUCCCCGACCUCACCGCCCAUCAUCAACAAAGGAGUGUUGAACCUGCACCACCAGGCAUCUCCUGUGAGCCGAACUCCAAGCAUGCCUGCUGUGGACACCAGCUACAUCCCUCCUGUUCCUCCUCUUAUACAGGACUACAGACCGUACUACCACACCCCCAAUGAACUGUCAGAGUUGAACUUCUUCUCUUUCCUUCAAGGUGACAAUCAUCAGCAUUACAACAUGGUGAUGGCAGCAGCGGCUGCAGCUUCAGCCUCAGAGGACCACGAGCUGCUCCUCAACCGCUUCCUCCCCUACAGCACCUCUUCCACUCCUUCCUCCCAGCUGUUCCUCGACCAGUCGGGAGCCUCCUCGGCCAACUCUCUGACCGGGCCGACCAACGGGGCGAGCAACUCGGGCAGCACCAGCAGCCUGGUCUCGUCCAGCAGCCUGCGCGACUCUCACUCCACGCACUCGUCCUCGCAUUCGGGGUCGCACUCCUCACACUCACACUCACACCCCGGGAUGGUGGCCAGCAGGAGCAGCGCAGAGGCAGCAGUCGCAGCAAUUUACGGCGGGAUACCUGACGUUAUAUCGUUGGACUGACUGGAAAAGAGACAAGACUACACUUUAGGUCCAGCUAUGAUCCGGUGAUAAACAUUCAGACUGCAGGGUACGGUUUUGAUCCAGAAACUAGACCAGCCCCAAGUCUAGAAACUCAUAGAAGGAGUCGUGACGAGAAAACCGCCUCGAGAAUAGCACUAAUAUUAAGAGUGUGUUACACGAUGGCGGGUCUCUUCUCUUGCCUGACCUGAGAACAGCACAGAGUCGUCUCUUUAAGGGGUCAGCUGUGGAGCGGGUGUUGGUGGAAACCAGUGCAGAACUUUACUGCUCUACUACCAACUCAGCACAGACCACAGAGAAGCUACCUAAGCAAAAACACAAAGGAUGAUGGCUCUUUUUUACAAAAACGACGAGUGGCACCGUGUACAGAGAACAAAUCUAUUUUCCUCUUUUACUUUUGUAUGUUAAAUCAGAACAUUUUCAGUCUAGUGAGCUGCUUCAAUCGCUGUUUUCAAGAGGAGGACUGAGGUUUUCUUGUUUUUUUUUUUCUCACAGAAGCUUAUACAUAUGCCUGUUGCUAUGUGUUUAUCCCUUUCUUCUAUUUUAAACUCCACCCUGCUUUUUUUCCUCCAUUUUUCCAUCACAGACUUCAGUUCUCUCUCCCUUCACAUCGUUCUUAAGCUCAUUUUAAAAUCUGAAAUAAUUUCCCUAUGCUAUGACAAAAACUUUCUAGACACUGAAUUUGCAGCCUAUUCAUGUACUAAUAAUUUUAUUCAGCGUUUAAGUUAUGUAUACUAUUUAAACCUUUAUAAAUAUCUAUAAAUAUAUAAAUAUGCAUUCCCUCUGACCUUCAGGUUACUGCUGUGGGGAGUGUGUAGGCAUUUUUUUAACUAUUCCCUCCUUGAUUUCCACCUUCACACCAAGACUCAGCAGGCGUACAGCAUUUAGAGAAGAAGACUUUUAGACUAUUUAUACACUUUAGAGUUUUGAGCUGGAAGUGGUUCUUUGUUUUUCUUCGCACAAUGCCAAAAAUAACAUGCGGUACCUUUGAAACUAUCACGAUAAUGAAAGUGCAGAUGAAUCCAUGUGCCAGUGUUUUAAGUCGUGUCCACUUCUGUUUAUUUUGAGCUCUUUCUGACACGUCAGUCGUCAGUUUGUGUCCUUCUGUCCUGUCUUCUCAGUGUCUAUGUCCUUGUUGACUGUUAAAAAGGAAUUUCAAUGAAAGUCAAGCUGUUGUAGCAGCAUCGGGCCUUUUUCCUUUGUAAGAGUCGGGUGAUAUUGAUGUGUGACCAAGUUUAACUAGUGCCUGUUUGUGUGCAUGCUUCACAGCGUGUUGAAGGACUUAAAGACUGUCUUAAAUGGCCGCUCUUUUUGCUCAAACCAACACCUUUGACCGUCUUGGCAUCAUCUUUGGGAGUUAUCUUUGGGAAGCUGUUGGUGAAGAGUGCAACAGAGACAGUUUAGUGCCAGAGAGAAAGAGGGAGAUCUCAACAUGCCAAUGUAGACCUGGCUCAAACCAGCGGGUAUGAAGAACGUGACCUGUCUGUAUCUCAGUCACUCAGUGAUGUGGGAGUGUCAAACUGAGGCAGAGCUUGGGAAUACCUCAGUGUUGUCGCCCUUUAGCAGAAAACAGAGAGUCAGAGCAUGAAUGUAAUGUGCAAAUUUAGAGGCAAGCCUCUUUGUCUCUGCUUCUGCUUCAGUUUUAAGCAUGAAGCCAUGCUGGAGAGACCCAGCGUGCUCUGGUUAUAUUAUGGGCAAUAUUGUCACAGUAGCCCCCUUACUUUUCCCAGAGUCUCUUUUUAUCAGCCUCUCCUUGAUGUUUUACUUCCAAACAUCUUAGUUCACUUCAAAGGCACAUUAUCGGCUCUGUAAUGAGAUAAUCACUCCAUCAGAAGACAUCCCCUCCUCUCCUCCUGAAACUGACAUCAUGACUUAAACCCCUCCUCUCCUCUCUAUCUUUAUUCCCCCUCCUUCUCAUGGGAAACAUCCCCCCUUUUUAAACAGACUGUUGGCCAGAACAAGUCAUGUGUAUUUCCUGUGUUGUGCAGUAUUUUAUUUAUUUUGUAUUUUUAUUUCUAUAUGUUAUAUUUUUACAUAUUGUUUGAUUUCCGUGGGUGACUCACUGUCACCAGGGAGCUUUGUGUUUUGAUUUUAUUUAAGAUGCAUUUUAUUAUUCUCUUCAAGCAACGCUGUUUCUCAGAAAAGGUACCGUUUAGUUCUUCGUCAUGAAAAUAGCUGUGUGCAUUUCAGUGGGAGACGACAUGAGUGACACUUUAGGGUAAAGGCACAGACACCGACUUCCUCUAUAUGUGCAUCAUGUUUUGAUUACUUAAAUUAUUCAGGAUGCAUUAUAAAUUCAUUCACCAUGAAGAACUAAUCAUGUCACUGUGAGGCUUUAAAGUAAGUUCAUGCUUAAUGGAUCAUUAAUUAGUGAUAAACUCAGUUACUUCAAACAUGAAUCUACGGUGCACUCAGAAAGUAUUUACACCCACUUUGUUUUUUAAUUUUUUUUAUGUUGCAGCCUGAUGCUACAAUCAUUUAAGCUCAUUUUUAUUCUCAUUAACCUACACUCAGUACCCCAUCAUGUCAGAGGGAAGAGAAUUCUAGACGUUUUUCAAGUGUAUGAAAAUUAAAGAACUGAAAUAUCACACUGACAUAAGUAUUCAGACCCUUUGCAACAACACUGUAAACUAGCUCAGGUUCCUCCCAUUUCUCCAGUCUUUGCUGAGAUGUUUAUGCACCUUGAUUAUAACCCACUUAUGGUACAUUUAAUUGAUUGGACAUAAUAUGGAAAGGCACACACUUCUCUACAGAGGCAGUCAAGCCAACAUCUAAAAUGUUGUCUGUGUCAUAUAUACCAGUAAAAAACCCUGACAUGUACCGUCAUUACUGAAUGUGCAGCUGCCACCAUUGCAUGUGACCAAGAGUGACACAUGGUGAUACAGAUCCAUCAGACAGUGCAGCUUUAACAGCUUUUCUCCCUUGUUAAUUAACACCUUAAUUGAAGCCAGCAAUUUUUUUCAGACAAUUCAGUUAUUUACAAAACAACUGUUCAUAAGAAUACCACAUGAUCUAUACCACCAGAAAGCUCUGAUUCUCUAACCUGGCACACCAGAUGGAUGUGUUUCACACAUCCAUCUGGUAAACCAAUCAUAGACAGUGUUUGGGAAAGGGCAGAGCCUAUUAAAAAAGCUCAGAGGGUGAUAGGAUGAAUGUUCUGUCUGUCACAUUUUUACGGGCCAAUCGGAGCAACAAAAGACAUGACAUAGUCCCUACAGAGGACUAGAGACCUGCAUAAUGCAAACCAUUAGAAGCUCACCUGAUCACAAUAUUCCUAUCCUGCCGGAUCAGAAAGGGUCCCUACACUCUAAAUCCAGUCAAUUUUUUUAGCUAUCUAAUUAGCUAAUUCCAGUCAAGCUUUAUCUAGUUCAGACCUAUUAUAAUGUCUUUCUAUUAUAAGGUCUGAACUAAAGGCUUCAUGCUUUGGUCCAGUUUAGUUUUCCAGCUAAUACCUCCCAGCUACAAUCAUCUACAGGCCUCUGUUUCACAAUACUAAUUCAGAUGGGGCAUUUUUUUGGAGUAUUACUCAAUACCAGUAACAGCUAGAGUGAGUCUGGCAGUUUGGGAAUAAACUUUCCAAAGACAUCUUGUUUGUUCUUGCACUUUAAUAUUAUAAUUUAAUUUUGGUGACUUAUUUUACCUGCAAUUCGUCAUAACCCUGAAUUUAAAGAAAACAGAGAUACAGUGCAAAGUAAAUAUAACUUGUUCAGCACUGGUUUGAUGGGAAACACUUGGUGGUCUGCUGAGCAUCUGUUGGGCUGUGGCUUCCAAUUAUAUGAUAAUUACUACUGUGCUGAUGGACAGCAUAAGUGAUUCUGGAGUUCUGACUCCACAUCAUAAAACAAGAAGUAUGAGGAAGAGCUGCAUAGACGCUGUACACUGAGGACUUUGCUUAAAGCAGUAGAAAUUAUUGCAGAACCUAACUGUUAAAGCCUUGUUUCCCUCUGAGGGACCACUGCGUAUAAAAGACAGUGUUUUUAUGUGAGUUUUAUAGAAGAAAAAUUAAAAGAACCAGGUUGAUGGAAACACAAUGAAUGCUCUAAUGACUAGCUCUAAUGAUGAAGCCAUAAUUGAGAAAAACUUAUCAGAUGUGUGUUUUCAUAUUUCAUAGUUUGUCCCAUUUGUUAUUAUGUAGGAGUCAGGGUCAUGACCCAUACUGCCAUCUGCCAGUAGGGGGAAUCUUUUGGCUUCACUUUAGGCUGGGUGUUGUGCUGUCCAUUCUGUAUACAAUCUAAGGUACAGUUCUUUGCUUUGGAAUAAGAUAUUUAAUCAGCCGGUAAAAUGUGAAUGAAAUGUUUUUACAGACAUGCAUAGCCCUAACAGGGUGAGAUAUCUGAAGUAGAUCAUGAAUGAAGUUCAUCUUGCUCAAAAUGUUAGUUUGUUUCAUACGUUAUGUUUAAUACUAAAACGCCAGCAUUUAAAAUAAUAGUAGCUCUAUUGAUAUAGCACUAUCAAUUAAAAGUUGCCAAGUGUUUUACAGUGAAACAACUCAGAAUAAUAGACAAAGAAACCAAAGCAAAUAAACGGAUAAAUACGGCCAAAAUAACAAUAGCAAUGAAGAAAUUAAAGCACAACAAAGCAAUUAUUUAGUAAAAGUCAGCUGAUUCAAUAGUUUUGAGUGUAAAUUCCCUCGCUAGAUUAACAUGGUGCAUCUUCAUUAAUCAGCAUGCAUACUGAUGUUAGCAGAGACAUUGGCAUCCUCCAGAUUCACAGUCAUCACAUGCAACUAUUAACAGUCCAUUCAUACUUUGGAGUGUGCAUCCACCCACCCACUUCCUGUUUGAAAGCUGGGAAUCGAUGCCUUCCUACUCCAUGUGACACAACUUCUUUAUGCAACUGUGGAAAAAACUGUGCAAACAGCAUAAUGAAGUGUCUUGCAUACUAGCUCAUGAUGAAACAUGAACAAAGAGGCAAAGGUCAGGCUGCAACAUGCUGGUGUUUGUGUGUGACUGAGUUUAAUUGGAAAACUCAGCUGCUUUCAGAGAGGCUGAUAGGAAUCUGAAAUGCCCUUCAUUAAAUCCCUAUUUAGAAGGAAAAAGCACAGGUGUUUGAAUCCUGACAUAGUUUUACAAAUAGGGAAAAUUUUGAGCUAAAUAAAACACGUCUGAUUGUUAAGACUCUGGUGUUAAAAAUUAACGGAAAUUCAUUCAUUUUCUUUAGCUUGUUAGAAAUGGAUGUUUUGUAGAUCCAAGGAGCUUUACAAAGCAGCGCAAUUACAAGGCUUGUUGUUGUGACACAUGAAUGAAUGAAUGAAUGUACCAAAUGUGUUUGAGUUAAUAAUCAUCAACUGAGAAUCCAUUAAGUGUCGUAGUAAAAUGAUCAUUACUGAAUAUGGAGCAGCAUGAGCUCAACAUACUGAAUAAAUUAAAGCAUCAUGACUCAUUCAUUAACUCUGUAUGGCUUAAACAUAUGUUUGUACCUUUGCCAUGAAGUGUCACUGAGUUUCUGUACUGAUGAAGAUCCUUCUUCAUGUUCGUUUGAGUAUUAAUCACCAGUUUUGGGGUACUUGAUAAAGUGGUCACAGUUAAUGAAUGCAUUCGAUCACGGUGUUAUUUAAUGUAACUUCUUUCCUCACGCUUGUCUGUACACAGUGCAGCAGAAAACAGUGAUGCACAUGAAGUGAGAGAGCAGACCGUGUUGAAUGUGUCUCCGUUGAAGUGCUUACAUACUGGGGUCUACCAGAAAAUCACUCUCUCCUCACCCUCUCGCUUGUUUCAUUAUUCUACCCUGGGGUUCACUUUUGACUGUUCUGUGAGGAAGAGGAGGUCAUUACUGAGGGCCACUCUUUCACUUUAGGAAACAAAUGUAUUAUUUUUUUUCCUGGUUGAAGAAGGUGUGAGGAUGAGUCAUGAGGCUGCUGCAUCCUGCUUCCUUGGUCACGUACACGUGUGAACAUGUAUUUUCUGUUUGCUGUAUAGAAAAAACUCGACCAACAUCAGGAUCUGCACAGGCUGAAUUGAACAGAACAAGGCCACUAUUAUGAGUUACUCUCUGCAGUGUUUUCAAAAAUCCUCCCACAUGGAACCCUGAAGAAGCAGCCUCACUCUCUGGCAGUCACUUUAGAUACAAAGGGAAAAAUCAACAGUGUGUAUAUUGUCUGUAUCAAAACCUGAAAACUUAAAGAUCCGAGCGUGGGUGUUUGAUGUCAUUUGUAUGCUUUUUGUGUGUCCGUUCAGAGCGAGAGAAUAAAUUAAUUUAUAUAUUUUUUAGAAAAUGAAAGCUGUAUAAAAAAUACAAGGACUGUGGCCAAUAAAGAGUCUCACAACUGAAAUAAUCUCAAAGUCAGACUCGAGUCGACAUCUGCACACACUGCCUUAAAAACACACAGGUUCAGUUUCAUGGCUCCAAAUCUGAGAGAAAUAUCAUUUAAAAAAAAAAAAAGGAUUUUCAAGGAGGGCAAGGAGAGGACAGUGUACAGUAGACCUUUGUCAGUUUGUACAAAUAUACCAAGUGAAAAAAUAUUUAUUACAUGCAUUGGAAGAAAUUGUUUACCUAUUGAAUGUUACCUGUUUAUGUAGAAAAGUUUAGAUGUAAUAAAAAUGCAUUCUGUUA